UAUUAUAUGGGAAAUUAUCAGUCAUCGAGUUAUUUUAAAUAAUGCUUUUCUGUCUCUCGUACGCUUUGUGUGGUGAUUGAAUAGAAAACACAGCGCGAUGUAUUGCGUAAUGGCAAUAGACCAGCAGGAGUAAAGAUCGUUUGUCUGCAGUUGUAUAUCAAACACUAGUGAUAUUAGUGUCAAACAUAUGAGGCAUCGUUUGGCAGGUAGUGAUUUUAUUGUUUGAUUAAAAUGAACCACAUGUAUUUUAUUGUAUUUUUUAUCUAUAUUUUGUUUGUUGUUUUUAGUAUUAAGGACUUGCUGGUUGCCUGAAUAUCACUAAAACAAGAUAAAGGAUGGUAGAGGUAUUGUUUAUUUUAUUAUUUUUAAAGGGUUUAUAAAGUUUUAAUUGUUUUAUGACUAUUGAUAUGAAGGUUGAAUGUAAAUCUGGGCUUCUCUGUUUUAUUUAUUUAGUAAUGGAUUGUGUUUUCCCUUGCAGGGAUGCACGGUUACCGUUUAUUUGAUAUUUAAUUUUCCUUUUAAAGUGUUGUUUCUUUAGGUUGACCAUAUAAGAACUAAGGUCACAAUCAGAGAACAAACCGAAUGAUUUCUAGUUUAUUUAAAGUGUUUAUGUACUUCAUUUGCAGUACCCACUGUUGCUAAUAUUGGUUUUUGUUUCCUUUUGUAGAUUUCAUUUUGACCCAUCGGUGGCUGCGGGGUUGCCUUCACUGGUGGAUGAUGGUGUGGUGGUUUGGUCACUCUUAUGUCUUUUUCUUUAGGUCUGCAGUGUGAUUUGCUGUGAGUGGAUUGCAGUGCGAGCACAUUUGUCUAACACAUUAUCUUCACACGAAUAGGUAACCUGUGGCCAUCCGGGGGUCGCUCUGUUUUAUUUUGUUUUAUUUCUUUUGAUUUCUUUGUGGGUAUCUGCAUUGGAGAUUUGCGUUACAUCCUAUUGUCUCUAUUUGUUUGAAUAAAAAUGUUGUUGAGUUAAAACUUCACCACUGCCUUGUGCCUGGUCAUUUACCACCUUUUAUGGGGUACCUGUAGGUUACAAUUGGCGUAGUCGGCAAACAUCUCUGUUGGCGAAGGUGGUUGUGAAGUUUUGUUAGUUUUUUUUAAAUAAUAAACGGUAAUCGUGCAUGAGGUUGAUCAUCAGACUCUGCAUCAUUGGACUUCACUUCGUGGGACCUCUAUCACUUUUUUUUUCCCUGAACUUUGUCAAAUUUGUCAACAGAGAUGGAACAAGAACUAUUAGACUUGCGGGAGCAGAUACGGCAGCUGCAGGCUCAAAAUGAGCAGCUGACGAGAGAGAAUCCCCCCUCCAGUAGCAAUGCUUCUAACCAACGGCCCCCUUCUAUGACUAAUGCUAAUUCUUCAUCUCCAGUGUCUUUGAGUAGGGUAUUUUAUGUUCCACGAGAAAGGAAAUGCCCACGGUUUUAUGGGAAUAUGGACUCCACAUUAAGCGUUGAGGACUGGACUGAAGAGGCCAAGGUGUGUAUUGAGGGCAGGGGUUGGUCUGAUAAAGAGAAGGUUGUGUUUUUGCUUGAUCAUCUGGGGGGGGAAGCUAGAAUGGAGAUAAAACUCCGUCCACAAGCUACUAGGGAAACUCCAGAAUCUGUUUUUGAUAUUUUAAGAGACUUGUAUGGGGGGAAACAGACAUUUGUACAACUACAACAGAGGUUUUUUGAACGAAAACAGAAAGAGGGUGAAUCAUUGACUGAAUUUUCCCAUGCUUUAAUGUCUUUAAUGGACUUGAUUCUUUGUGGUAAUCCAGAAAGUGUUCCGAACUCUGAUAGGGUUCUUCGUGAUCAGUUUAUGGAACAUGUUCGAGAUGUGAUGCUGAAACGUGAAUUAAAACGAUUAGUACGGGAGAAGCCAUCUUCUACUCUACUGGAGGUUCGAAGUGAAGCUCUUAGGUGGGUGGAAGAGGGAAACGGGGAAAUAGCUGCUUCACGUGUUCAGCCAUGGUGCAAUUUGACUCAAGGCCGAGUAGUUGAGCAUGAGCCUAAAGUUAAAUUUCAUGAGUCUACAGAGUUAAAAGAGGUUAAAGAGAUGUUGAGGCAGCAACAGAUACAAAUAACUGAACUUACCCAACGUUUUGAUAGUUUAAUGUCUCAAAAGAAUGAGUUCUCUGUUACCUCAACUAGACAAAAUAGUUCACGACGAUGUCUUCGUUGUAAUAAGGUUGGGCAUAUAGCUAGACAUUGUCGACAACCUUGGCCUAUAGAGUCGAACCCUAGAACACCCCAAGUAAAUGUAAAUGAAACUUCAGUGGAGGAGCAUGAUAGUGUGGCAUCCCCUACAGUUCUGAGUCAAACUGUUAAUAAUAGUGAAGUUUCACAGUCACCCGUCUGCCCUACUAUUUUACAACGUCUUGUGGGCAAAUGUCCCAUUGUAACUGUGCUUAUGGGUGGGGUUGAGAUUUCUUGUUUAUUAGAUACAGGGUCAAUGGUUACUACUGUAACAGAGUCAUUUUUUGAGAAGCAUUUUCAACAAUUGGGAGUAGAUGUACUGAAAAAAUGUAGUUGGCUCCAAUUAAAAGCAGCUAAUGGUCUUGAAAUACCAUAUGUGGGAUACUUGGAAGUGGACGUGACCGUAUUGGGGCAAACUCUUCCUAGACAAGGUAUUUUGGUUGUGAAAGAUCCUGUUGAUGCUGGGUUUCAUCAGCGGAAAGAGCUGACCCCAGGUCUUUUAGGUAUGAAUGUGAUUGGUCAAUGUUAUAAUGAUCUAUUUGAAAAACAUGGCACAGCACUAUUCUCAGUCCCACAGGUCAGGCAGGCAGAGAUAGGCUGGAAAGAUGCCUUGUCUCAGUGUCAGCGAGCAGAUGAUGCCCCUUUUCCUGGAUUUAUUGGUUACGUGAGAGUGCAGUCCCUCCAUCCGGUUCAGAUUCCAGCUGGGACCAUGAGGUUAGUACCUGCAUUGUGCCCUAAGAGUAUAAAAAGUUGUACCACCUUUGUUUUAGAACCUUUAGGUCCCAGUGAUGGGGGGUUGCCUCCUGGGGUGUUAAUAUCACCGGCCUUAGUUCAAUGUACACAAGGUAUAGUUCAGAUACCAGUGGUCAAUGUUGGUACAGAAGCUUUAUAUUUGCCACCAAGAAUAAGAUUGGGUAGUUUGGCUAGUGCAGAGGUAGUUAUUAAAUCAGAACAGGACAUUGUGUUCAAAGCAGAUUUACAAUCUGACCCUAAUACAGUGAUUGUACAAUGUCAAGCCAUUACCAUAACUUCAAGCAUUGAUGUUCAAGGGCUAAAAUUGCAGGGGCUGUCAGGGACUGAGGAGGAGGCAGUUGGGAGAUUAUUAACAAGAUAUUCUGAUGUUUUUUCUAAGCAUGAUGGUGAUUUGGGGUGUACAAAUUUAAUUGAUCAUCAAAUCCCACUAGUGGAUGAUACACCAGUACGUCAGCGAUAUCGUAGAAUUCCUCCCAGCCAGUUUGAGGCCGCAAAGGCACACAUUAGGCAGUUGUUGGACAGUCAAGUCAUUAGGGAGAGUUGUAGCCCAUAUGCAUCACCCAUUGUGUUGGUGAAGAAGAAGGAUGGCUCACUGAGGAUGUGUGUUGAUUAUCGCCAGCUCAAUUCUAGGACUCGCAAGGAUGCCUACCCCUUACCAAGGAUAGAGGAGUCGCUUGAUGCCUUGACUGGAGCAAAGUGGUUUUCGACAUUAGAUCUGGCAAGUGGAUAUAACCAGGUGCCAGUAGCUGAAACUGAUCGUUUUAAGACUGCCUUUUGCACCCCAUUUGGCCUUUUUGAAUUUAAUAGGAUGCCCUUUGGAUUAUGUAAUGCCCCAAGUACUUUUCAAAGGCUAAUGGAGAGAAUUUUUGGCGACCAGAGUUUUCAGUCUUUAUUGCUGUACUUGGAUGAUGUGAUUGUUUUUUCAGCAACUGUCGAGCAACAUCUUCAGCGACUUGAGUUGGUGCUAGAACGACUGCGACAACAGAAUUUAAAGAUAAAGCUGAGUAAGUGCCAUUUCUUUCAGCCAGAGGUCUGUUAUUUGGGGCAUGUGGUCUCGUCUACGGGCGUCAGUACAGAUCCGGAAAAGACAUCUGCGGUAGCUAAGUGGGUUCGCCCGAAAAAUCUUCAAGAACUUCGAUCCUUUCUCGGCUUUGCAAGCUAUUAUCGGCGGUUUGUGAAGAAUUUUUCUUGUAUUGCUGGACCCUUGAAUACGUUGGUGGCAGAAGUGAUCAGGGGAAAGAAAACCAAGCGGCCAAAGAUUGAUCUAGGGACUAAAUGGACUGAGUCAUGUGAAAAUGCAUUUCAAACUCUUAAAGCAGCUUUAAUCAAUGCCCCAGUGCUAGCUUAUGCUGAUUUUAGUAAGUCCUUUAUCCUGGAUAUUGAUGCAAGUCACCAAGGUCUAGGAGCAGUUCUAUCGCAGGAAGAGGGAGGCAAGUACAGGCCAGUUGCAUUUGCCAGCCGAGGUUUGCGACCCUCAGAACGUAACAUGCAGAAUUACAGCUCCAUGAAACUGGAAUUUUUGGCUCUAAAGUGGGCUGUUACUGAAAAAUUCAGAGAGUAUCUACUUGGUCAGAAAUGCCUGGUGUAUACAGACAAUAACCCACUCAGUCAUCUGCGCACCGCAAAAUUGGGGGCGUUGGAACAACGAUGGGCUAACCAGCUUGCGGAUUUUGAUUUGGAAAUUAAGUAUAAGCCUGGACGGUCCAAUGUGAAUGCUGAUGCUCUGUCUAGAAAAACUGCUGCACCUGUAGCCGAACUGGCAAUGACUACUGUAAUACCAAGAGAGUUAUAUCAAUGUGCUCAGAACUGUCAACAUGUUGCAAGUGAAACCAUUUCUGUUUUCCCCGAACAACCGAGAGAAGAUCUUAGCAAGCUACAAGAAUCUGAUGCAGUUAUUGGACGAUUUCUUGUUUAUUGGGAUCGGCAAAGACCACCAGAUGCACAGGAGAGGGCGUCAGAGCCAUCGGAAGUACUUGAAUUAGUACGGCAGUGGGGAAAGCUGAUUAAGAUAGAGGCAGUGUUAUAUCGCCGUUUUUUCCCACAAGAUGAACAUCGAGAAAUCCGUCAAGUUGUAUUGCCAGCCGCCCUCAGAGAAAGGGUCCUUACAAGUUUGCAUGAUGAUCACGGCCAUCAAGGGAUUGAAAGAACAACAAGCUUAGUGAGAACUCGAUGUUAUUGGCCUGGUAUGUUCAAGUUCAUUGAGGAAUGGUGUAAGAGAUGCCAACGUUGCACCUUAGCGAAAGUGGUACGACCAAAAGUACGUAGUUUUAUGGGGCACUUGACGGCGGAGAGGCCAUUGGAUAUACUGGCUAUUGAUUUCACCUUGCUGGAACCUGCAUCAAAUGGACUUGAAAAUGUACUGGUCAUGACGGACGUGUUUUCAAAAUUCACGCAAGCCAUUCCGACAAGGGAUCAAACAGCAUCAACAGUGGCACGGGUCUUGGUAGAACGUUGGUUCUACUUAUUUGGAGUACCACGACAAAUCCACUCAGAUCAGGGGCGGUGCUUUGAAAGUAGACUGAUUCAAGAGUUAUGUAGGCUGUAUGGCAUUUCAAAAACUCGUACAACACCUUAUAGACCACAAGGAAAUGGGCAAUGUGAACGCUUUAAUAGAACAAUGCAUGAUUUGCUGCGUACUCUGCCCCCGGAAGAAAAAUGCCAUUGGCCAGACCAUCUUGCCCAGGUAGUAUACGCUUAUAAUACCACGGAGCAUCAAGUUACUGGACACAGUCCUUAUGUACUUAUGUUUGGACAGGAACCACAUCUACCCCUUGACAUUAUAUUAGGAUUGGAUAGUCAGACCCAGAGUGAAGUGGAUUGGGUAGUGGACCACAAAGAUAAUCUGGAACGGAUGUUUAAUAAGGCUCGAGCCCGCCUAAAGUCUGCCGCAGAGCAUCGUGCCCGAUUGAAUGAUUCUAAGGUGUCCCAUGAAAAAUUACAAGAAGGCCAGGUGGUGUAUCAGAGAGCUCAUAACAUAAAAGGCAGGAAUAAGAUCCAGGAUGCCUGGGAUGCUACUCCCUAUAAAGUGGUCCGAUGCCCAGAUGAACACGGAGCAGUCUACUCCAUUGUUCCGUUGGAAGGAGGUGGUAAUCUUCGACAUAUUCACCGUUGUGAAUUGCGACCAGCUUAUAUUUCAUUGGAUGAUCCUGGACUCUUGAAUUUAGGGGACCGUCAUGAAAUCUUUGGAGACAGAGAUGAGGAGAAUGUCAUUGUGGCCCUAGCACCUGAGGAUGUCAUUACUCAAGAUAAAGUUAAUAUGCCUCAACCUCUGUUAGAUGAUGCCUAUCAAGAUGUUUCUAAAGACCAUCAGCCCCCACAACAACUGGAAGUGGUAGUAAGACGAACCAAGAGGCCGACAGCUGGGUCCCACUCAAAUCCACAUCGUCUCCCUCGGCCAGUAUGUGCUAAUGAAGUCCAGCUAAGUGAUCAGCUUGCUCUUCCUAUGAUAAGACUGUCUAACAAUGGGCCUAAUGUAAUGUUCCGUCCUUGGUUGUAGUGUUCUAAAGUAAUCGACGGGACGUCGAUUUAAAUCUAGGGGGUAGAUUGUAACGGGUGUGUUUUGGGAACUACAAAUCCCAUCACCCUUAGUGCUAUAAAAGGAAGUGGUAUGAUUCGUUCUUUCACUUCCUCCUUUGGUCCUUCCGCUAAUCCAUGAAAGGUAGCUACGACAAAGCUAAGAAAACACAGCGCGAUGUAUUGCGUAAUGGCAAUAGACCAGCAGGAGUAAAGAUCGUUUGUCUGCAGUUGUAUAUCAAACACUAGUGAUAUUAGUGUCAAACAUAUGAGGCAUCGUUUGGCAGUAUUAAGGACUUGCUGGUUGCCUGAAUAUCACUAAAACAAGAUAAAGGAUGGUAGAGGGAUGCACGGUUACCGUUUAUUUGAUAUUUAAUUUUCCUUUUAAAGUGUUGUUUCUUUAGGUUGACCAUAUAAGAACUAAGGUCACAAUCAGAGAACAAACCGAAUGAUUUCUAGUUUAUUUAAAGUGUUUAUGUACUUCAUUUGCAGUACCCACUGUUGCUAAUAUUGGUUUUUGUUUCCUUUUGUAGAUUUCAUUUUGACCCAUCGGUGGCUGCGGGGUUGCCUUCACUGGUGGAUGAUGGUGUGGUGGUUUGGUCACUCUUAUGUCUUUUUCUUUAGGUCUGCAGUGUGAUUUGCUGUGAGUGGAUUGCAGUGCGAGCACAUUUGUCUAACACAUUAUCUUCACACGAAUAGGUAACCUGUGGCCAUCCGGGGGUCGCUUUGUCUUUUAUUUGGUUUAUUUCUUUUUGAUUUCUUUGUGGGUAUCUGCAUUGGAGAUUUGCGUUACAUCCUUAUGUCUCUAUUUGUUUGAAUAAAAAUGUUUUUGAGUUAAAACUUCACCACUGCCUUGUGCCUGGUCAUUUACCACCUUUUAUGGGGUACCUGUAG